AUGGCUUGGUGGACAGCAAGGUUUGCUCUGAUGCUUGUCUCGAUCUUCAUCAAUUUACCAAGCUGCCAGGCCCUCUACGCCUCAUGUCCGCCUGGCUGGCUGAAAUGGCAGCAAUCUUGCUACAUCUUACUACCGGACAAGAUGAAUUGGUUUGAGGCCUCGGAGGCUUGUAGCCGGCCGGGAAGCAGUCUGGCCGUGCCCAACUCGCGGGAAGAAAACGACUUCAUCUGGAAGUCAGUGAGGCCACAGACUGACGGUAUGUGGAUCGGCUGUACGGAUGCGGCCCAAGAGGGUAUCUGGCUGUGCGGGGGUCAACCUAUGACUUUCAGCAGUUGGAAAGGGCGAAAUCCGCACAACGACAACCAGCGUAACUGCGCCCGGAUGACUGUGUACGGUGGUGGGGGCUUAUGGUCCGCCAGUGUUCCUUGCGGUAGCAGCAACCGCAAACCUGCAGCCUGUGAGAUGACGGUCUCUGCGAUGCCAGCCUACCACGCCAUCACCGGUCCUGAUGGGCGUGUCCCCCAGUUAUGCCUCAUCCAUCACGACAUCAAGAAUCGGACGGAAGAUGGCGUGCUUGCCUGUGGCUGGGCGUGCCGAGCCGAUCCCCGAUGCCGCUCCUUUAAUCUCUGGCAGAGCAACACUGAAAGAGAAAAGAUGUGUCAACUCAAUGACGUCACUCGUCUUGUGGCUGAUGUCAACGACUAUAAGGCAACCAACAACUGUUACUAUUUUGAACUGUAGAAAGAUUUCAACUGAAAGAUCACUUGCCGUCAA